AUGAAUGAGCAGACAGAAGAAAACCCAGCCAUCCUGGAGAAGUGGUUGCAAAAGAGGAGAAACAGAGAUGACAAAGAGAAGGAGGAAAUAAACAAGCAGGCUGAAGCUGAGGAACAUGAUGUUCAUGAAGAAAUGGAGGAGAAGAAUGAAACAGCUGAGGCAGUUACAGAAAAAGAAAAGCAGGCUAGAGUCCAUUCAGUCUUCUCUUUGGUGAGGAGUCAGAUCAGGGCACAGGCCGGUUUGGAUGGUCAGAGCAUGGGCAUACUGGAUGUUGUAAACCAAAUCACCAGGGAACUAAAGAGCAAGAAAGAACAAGAAGAACCUGCACCCACAGUUGAGUUCAGCUCAUCUGAGGAGAACACAGUGGAUCAGGCUGCCCAGAAAGAGACUGUAGAAGAGCAGAUAAAAGAAAACGCAGAAAAUAGUAAGGAAAGAGGAGAAGAGAUAUGUGUAGCCUUGCUGGAGGAUAUAUUGUUGAACUUGGAGUCAUUAAAGAAAGAUUUGAGAGAGGAGAUUGCUCAGCUUCGCCGUGAUAUGCAAAGCUACACAGACCAGGCACUCUGUGGCCUGGAGACCCGCCUAACUAACUUAAUGAGAAUACAAGCGCUGGCUCGCACAACUCCCUCUGCACUUCCAAGAAAAAACACAGUCGAAUCCAUGGAGACCAAGAAGCAUAGACCUCCCAGCAUGCCUCCUCUGGGAACAUCUAGAAGACGAGUGCUCAACCGCACAAUGACCACUAUCACCCCUAAAACUUGCCUACCUCUGUCCCUGGGGCCUCGCUCCAAUUCAGAGCCGCUGGGGGGCUGGGGGGCUGAGACCGCCACCAGCAAAGGCGCUCAGAUGUUGCUGAGGAGAGACGAGGCGACAGUUCAUCCUCCUGGGCCGUUGCCUCCUGCUCUACCUCCUGCACAGAAAGGCAAGAAGGCUUUGCAAAGCAGGACUCGCAUUGUCCAGUUCUCUAAAUGCAUCUCUUUCCUUUCCAGUGCGGAGGCCUCUCCUGCAGAAUGCUGUCAGCAUGCCAAGUUUCUGGAGGACACACAGUUUGUGGAUGGUUAUAAGACACUGGGCUUUCAGGAGAGCAUCUAUGGGGAGUUCUUGGGCCGCUUGAGGGAGAACCCGCGAUUAGUGGCAUCCUGUUUGGUGGCAGGAGAGAGACUCAAUCAUGAGCACACGCAGGGGGUCAUACACACAGUCUUCACCUCACUCUAUGGCAACUGCAUCAUGCAAGAGGAUGAAUGCUACCUGCUACAGGUGCUACGUUAUUUGGUGGAAUUUGAGCUAAAGGAAAGUGACAACCCUCGUCGUCUGUUACGGCGAGGCACGUGUGCCUUCAGCAUCCUCUUCAAACUUUUCACCGAGGGCCUGUAUUCAGCUAAGCUUUUCCUCACUGCAACCCUCCACGAGCCCAUCAUGCAAUUGCUGGUGGAGGACGAGGACCAUCUAGAGACAGAUCCAGCCAAGCUGAUAGAACGGUUUACCCCGGCCCAGCAGGAGCGCCUGUUUGGAGAGAAAGGCACAGAUGAGUACCGCAGAAAAGUUCAGGCAGCAGUGGAGGCCAACGAAGCCAAGCUGGUGGCCCUGGUCAACACCUUUAUCGGCUACCUGAAGCAGAACACAUAUUGCUUCCCACAGAGCCUGCGCUGGAUUGUGUCUCAGAUGUAUAAGACGCUGGCACGUGUGGAAAGGUUAGAGGUCGGGGAGGUGAGGACGAUGUGCACCGACUUGCUGCUCACAUGCUUCAUCUGUCCAGCCAUCGUCAACCCUGAACAGUAUGGCAUCAUCUCCGAUGCACCCAUCAAUGAGGUGGCACGUUUCAACCUCAUGCAGGUGGGGCAGUUGUUGCAGCAGUUAGCAAUGUCUGAUGCAGAUGAUGGAGAUCCUCGACGUAAAAGCAGUUUAUCCAAGUUUGAUAAGAUGUGUGUUGCUGCCUUUUUGGACAUCGUCAUUGGUGGAAGAGCUGUCGAGACUCCACCGAUGUCGUCAAUGAAUUUACUGGAGGGCCUCACACGGACGGUGGUUUACAUGACUCAUAAUCAGCUUUUAGCUCUGGAGGACUUUGUGCGUAGUGUCACUGCAGGAGAUCAGCUUAGAGAAGAAGACCACCUGGCUCUGGAAACCCUAAUAGCCAAUGUACCUCAGUCCCGCACGACAAAGAGCAACAGCCUGGAGCUCACACCUUCCAACACACCCCAGCUCUCCCCAGCUACCACACCCGCCAACAAGAAGAACAGACUCCCUAUUGGACAACAGUUGGCUGCCAUAACGUGUUGGGAGCCCUCUGCCACUGCCCUGUCCGCUCAUAUACCCUUAGUAACCCCAUUUGCAGGCUCUCGCAGCCGAAGCCGUUCCAACAUGGCCCAGGAGGGAGAGACUGAAGCCAGCUCUCAGGAGUCUCUGCAGGAGGUCACACCUGAAGAAGUGCUAGUCAUCUCGCUGGGAACCUCACUGCAGACCGUACCUGGGAUGAUGUCUGAAAACGAGGUUCUGACUCUGCAUCUUGGAGAUGGUGGACAAGGAGACGCCCCUGUUGAUGACACCAAACUGCACGGCAAACCUGACAAAACGCUGCGCUUCUCACUCUGCAGUGACAACCUGGAGGGCAUUUCUGAGGGGCCUUCUAACCGCUCCAAUUCAGUUUCUUCUUUGGACUUGGAGGUAGAGUCUGUGUCAGAAGGAGGACCAGGGCCGUCUGGUAGCAAUGGUGCAGAGGCCUUGCAGCUACUGGAACAUGAACAAGCCACUACACAGGAUAAUUUGGACGAUAAGCUGCGUAAAUUCGAGAUUCGGGACAUGAUGGGACUAACAGAAGACCGAGACAUUUCUGAGACUGUCAGUGAGACUUGGAGCACUGACGUCCUGGGCAGUGACUUUGAUCCCAACAUGGAUGAGGACCGACUGCAGGAGAUAGCAGGGGCUGCUGCAGAGAACGCAUUGUGCAGCAUGCUGUGUCUGCCGGUGCUUCUGGACCCGUACGGUUCUACCAUCUCUGAGACGGCGAGUGAGGCGUGGAGCGUGGAGGUUCUGCCGAGUGACUCAGAAGCUGCAGACCUGAAGCAGGAAGAACGACUGCAGGAGCUGGAGAGCUGCUCAGGUGUGGGUAGCACUUCAGAUGACACCGAGGUCAGAGAGGUCAGCUCCCGGCCCAGCACCCCGGGACUCAGUGUCGUUUCAGGCAUCAGUGCCACAUCAGAGGACAUUCCCAAUAAGAUUGAAGACCUACGCUCAGAGUGCAGCUCAGAUUUUGGAGGCAAAGACUCCGUGACCAGCCCAGAUGGAGAGGACUCUGCUCAUGGAGCUCACAGUCUAUCCUGUGCACCCUCUCAAGCAGAUUCACUGCUGGCCAUGUUCGAUCCCCUCUCCUCUGGAGAAGGUUCAACCACUGGCACCAUCGUGCGGCCCAAGGUGCACUAUCCCCGGCCCCCUCACCCUCCCCCUGACCCGCCUAUUCCAGAGGCCAGCAUUAUGGGCUACCAGGAGCCUCGUCCACCCCUCUUCGCCCCCCACUUGGUGCAGAGUGACCUGGAGCAUCCCAAACAGAGGCACUCUUACCCUGAAAGGCUGGUCAGGAGCCGCAGCACAGAUGUGGUGUCUGCUGGGCGCAGACCCAACAGUGAUCCCGGACUGAACCGCAGGACCAUGGUGGAGGAGAGAGACCCGGCUGGGGCUUAUUCCACAGGACCCACCUCUUCUCCCAGCAAGGAUUCUCUCAAAGGAGAGUCUGAGGACAGAAAGGAUAGCGAUGAUGAGAAGUCUGAUAGGAACAGACCCUGGUGGAAGAAGCGCUUUGUUCCUGCCAUUCCUAAAGUGCUCUAUUGGACAGCAGAGGGUGAACUCCCAGUGCCGAUCGCAGGACUCCGAAAGCGGGACAAGCCAGAAAAAGACGAGCAAGGAGCGGAGAGGGUACCACAAGGCUGUUCCACAGGUUUUGAGGUUCAAAACACUGUGCAUUUAUGUCUGGCCCCUGUCUCCUCUCUCUCCUCAGACAACGAGAUUGUGUGCUUUCUGAAGGUGCAGCUGGCGGAGGCCAUUAACCUGCAGGAUAAGAACCAGAUGGCUCAGAUCCAGGAGACUACGCGCUGCGUCAGCCACCUCGACCCCCGCACCUGCAGAAAACUGCUCACUGCCAUGGCAGAGGACUACAAGAAACGGGCUCCAUACAUUGCCUAUCUGACGCGGUGCAGGCAAGGCCUGCAGACAUCUCAGGCUCAUCUGGAGCGACUCCUGCAGAGAGUGUUGAGAGAUAAAGAAGUGGCUAACCGCUACUUUACCACCGUCUGUGUCCGACUGCUCCUUGAACACAUGGAGUCAAAGAUGCUUGACUUCAUCAAAGCAUUUCAGGGCUGCACAGCAUCUGAUGAUAAGACGGCAGCCGUGGAGGAUUUUCUGCGUUACCUGUAUGGAGCCAUGGCCCAUGAUGCCAUCUGGCAGUACGCCAGUGAAGAGCAGCUCCAGGAUGCCCAGAUGGCCAUCGAACGCAGCGUCAUGAACCGCAUCUUCAAACUGGCAUUCUACCCCAAUCAGGAUGGGGACAUCCACAGAGACGAGCUAUUCCUGGAGCACAUUCAGCGUCUGUCCAAAGUGGUGACGGCCAAUCACAAAGCUCUGCAGAUCCCAGAGGUCUAUUUGAAGGAGGCACCAUGGCCCUCAGCACAGGCUGAGAUCAGGACCAUUAACGCCUAUAAGACCCCACGAGAUAAAGUACAGUGUAUCCUGCGCAUGUGCUCCACAAUUAUGAACCUGCUUAGCCUGGCCAAUGAGGACGCUGUACCCGGGGCUGACGACUUUGUCCCUGUGCUCGUCUUUGUCCUGAUUAAAGCAAACCCUCCCUGCCUUCUGUCCACCAUUCAGUACAUCAGUAAUUUCUACGCCAGCAGACUGAGUGGGGAGGAGUGCUAUUGGUGGAUGCAGUUCACUGCUGCAGUGGAAUUCAUUAAAACCAUCGACGAUCGCAAGUGAAGCAGAACAGCCACCUGUAUGGGCAGACUGUAGGAAGGAGAGAGAGAGAGAGAGAGAGAGAGAGGACGGCACGGACGACUACUCUCCCCUUCAUCGAGAACGCACAGCGUGGCAUCGCUUCAGUCUGUAUAGCUGUACA